AUGGAUUCCUCCUCCUCGCAACUCCUCACAGCUGCGACAGCAGCCAACUCAACCUUCUACCUGUCCCAAUGGAGAUCACAGGUGAUGAUGGGAGUGGAAUCCUCCUUGCUUGCACAGCAGAACAGCCUCCUCCGCACAAUCCUCGCAUGCAUCCUCUCCUUCUUGACGGCGACCAUGUCCAGCGCCGCGGGCGUCGGUGGUGGCUCGCUGUACGUCCCGAUCCUCAACAUCGUGGCCGGACUGAGCCUCAAGACCUCCGUGGCAUUCUCGACGUUCAUGGUGACCGGCGGCACGCUGUCCAACGUGCUCUACACCCUGCUGGCCCACGGCCCCGGGCUGAUCGACUACGAUGUCGCUGUGGUCUCGCAGCCAUGCCUGCUCCUCGGGGUGAGCGUCGGGGUGGUGUGCAACGUCAUGUUCCCCGAGUGGCUCAUCACCGUGCUCUUCACCGCGUUCCUCUCCUUGGCAACGUUCAAGACAUACGGCACCGGGUUGAAGCGGUGGCGAGCGGAGUCGGCAGCAACGGAAAGGGGGGUGCUUGAGGGAGCGAGCACCAGGGAGGGCGCCGAGGAAGCACUGCUUAUUGGCCAGAAAGAAGGGGCCGGCCAUGGGUAUCACUGGGUGGACUUAGCGGUGCUUUUAUCCGUCUGGCUUUGCUUCUUCGUCAUUCAUCUGUUCAUAGGAGGUGAGGGUGCCAAGGGGGCUUUUGACAUAAAGCCGUGUGGCGUUGCAUACUGGCUUAUCACAGUCGCUCAAAUCCCUGUCGCCGUGGCUUUCACAGCAUGUAUCAUGCACCAAAAAGGCAAAUCGCAGACUCGGAAAAGCCAAGUGGUUGAGCUGGCAACUUACGUGAAGAGCAGGCUGGACGCUUUGCCGGUGUACGCCUUCCCGGUGGCUGCUCUGCUGACCGGUGUGAUGGGCGGACUCUUCGGCAUUGGAGGAGGACUGCUUCUCAAUCCUGUCUUACUCCACAUUGGAGUGCCUCCAAAAACAGCGUCAGCGACGACAAUGUUCAUGGUCCUCUUCUGCGCCUCCAUGUCAAUGGUCCAGUUUAUAAUCCUGGGAGUUGACGGGAUCGUGGGCGCGUUGGUCUACGCCCUCACCUGCUUUGUGGCUUCCAUCGUUGGGCUGGUCGUGAUAGAAGGGGCCAUCAGGAGGUCGGGCAGGGUUUCGCUCAUAGUCCUCAUGGUUGCUGCCAUCUUGGCGCUCAGCGCCGUCGUCAUAGCUUGCUCCGGCGGGGUGCAUGUCUGGGCGCAGUACACCAGUGGGCAGUACAUGGGCUUCAAGCUCCCAUGCUAA